GUGUGACGUCAAACUUUGGCGCGAAGGUCGCGGUGAGGGUGAUGGCAGAGAUGAGCUGUAAUCAGCACUUAUAAGAUCUUUGUUCAGUCCCGCAACCACUCUUCCUAACCCCCCAAGCACGCUUCCUAAAGCCUUCAACGUCGCUUACACUUCACCACUCGCACUGCACCUAAUCGUGCUUGCAAUGUCUGCGUUCCGUCUCUCAAGCUUGGCUCGUGCCGGGCUCACCUCCCAACGAGCCCAAAUUCGCUUCUACUCUUCCGGCAACAAAGCUGGCAAUGAAGCCGAGGCAGUUGUGGGACGCGUGCAGGGUUCGAUCGGCAAAGCGGUCGGUUCCGCUGCUCAGGAGAUGAAGGGCCGAGGCAAGGAGCUCAAGGCGUCGAGCAAGCAGGCUGCAGCAGAUCUCACUGAUCAGGGCUCAGGCGCAGCUGACAGCGCAGGCCAGCGCGCAGCAUCUGUCGUCGAAGGCAUAAAGAAGGGCGUAACCAAGACUGGAGAAGCAGUGGACGGCUCGGGCAGAAAGCACGAGUAAUUCCACCGCUGGCAUUCGCGUACUUGCGGAACG